AUGAGACGGCUGACUGGGAGAGAAUGGCAGCUUCACGGAGAAAACGGAGGAAAAUCAAGUGAAGGCGUUUUCACAUCAAAAAUGUUUCAAGAAGGAGAUUUCCUUUUGGAAUAUAAAGGUGACUUGAUUACAAAGUACAGAGUUGCCAGACAAUUAGAAAAAGAUUAUGAGGAGGAAAACAGAGGCAUCGAUGCAACGCAGGACAUAUUUUUUGCCGGCCGUAUGGUAAACGAUGCAAUAAAGGGAGAUAUAAGAAACAAUGCAGAGAUGAAAAUAGUUCUUGUACAUGGAAAACCCCAUCUAUGCCUGUUUGCUACCAAAGACAUUUCAGUAAAUGAGGAGCUGCGGUUCAAUUACGCAGUGCCAAAUUUACCAUGGAGAAAGUCUGAUGAAGACGUGGCCCAUGAAGUUAGAAAUGGCGUCAGACAUUUGGAGUCCCAAGCCGAAACUUUUGCUGAUGAAGAUGUAGUCUACAAAGAUGGAAAUAGUCUGAGAUCUGUGGAUUCACGGAACGAUACCUUGGCAAGUUCUUGA